GAGAGAGGGAGAAAGCUGAGUGGAGAGAAGACUCUCUCAGAUCAGUCAGUGGCUUCAUGGAGUUAUGUACCUCUGAUCCGCCGCCAUGGAUUGCAAUCCGCGAUCACUCCUUUUCAUUUUACCUCUUUUAUUGUCCUGCGUUAUUCCUGCGUUUCCCAUCAUCUACCCCCCCAAUGAAGUCAACCUGUUAGAUUCUAAAGCAAGCCAAGGGGAGUUGGGAUGGAUUUCCUACCCAUUGCACGGGUGGAGGGAAAAUUGGGAGGAGAUCAGUGGGGUGGAUGAGCACUACACUCCCAUCAGGACCUUUCAGGUCUGCAAUGUGAUGGAGUACAGCCAGAACAACUGGCUUCGCACUAACUGGAUCCCUCGCCAGUCAGCCCAGAAGAUCUACGUGGAGCUGAAGUUCACCCUGAGGGACUGCAACUCCAUCCCGCUGGUGUUGGGCACCUGCAAGGAGACCUUCAACCUCCUGUACCUGGAGACGGACGACGACCAGGGCAGCCACUUCAGAGAACACCAGUUCACUAAGAUUGACACCAUUGCCGCUGAUGAAAGUUUCACCCAAAUGGACCUCGGAGAUCGCAUUCUCAAGCUCAACACUGAGGUGCGUGAGGUGGGUCCCAUGACUAAGAAGGGCUUCUACCUGGCGUUCCAGGACGUGGGCGCCUGCGUAGCUUUAGUUUCAGUGAGGGUUUAUUUCAAGAAGUGCCCGCAGACUGUGAGGAAUCUUGCUUCCUUCCCUGACACGGUGCCCAUGGACUCCCAGUCGCUGGUUGAGGUCAAAGGCUCAUGUGUCAAUCACUCCAAAGAGGAGGAGCCUCCGCGAAUGUACUGCAGCACAGAGGGGGAGUGGCUCGUGCCUAUUGGGAAGUGUCUGUGUAACCCGGGAUACGAGGAGAGAAGCAACACCUGCCAAAUGUGCAGGGCGGGCUUCUACAAGUCUACGCUUGGAAAUAUGGAGUGUUCAAAGUGUCCGCCUCAUAGUUUGUCCCACCAUGAGGGGUCGCUGCACUGUGGCUGUGAGAAAAACUACUUCCGUGCUGAGGGAGACCCUGCGUCCAUGGCCUGUACACGACCCCCUACAGCUCCUCGAAAUGUGAUCUCUUCGAUCAAUGAGACGUCGGUUAUCCUGGACUGGAGCUGGCCUGAGGACACUGGGGGACGCAAGGACGUCACGUUCACUGUCUUGUGCAAACGCUGCCGUGGUGGAGCGGCUAAUGGCAGUAACGGUGGCAACCUGAGCUGCGAGCCUUGCCGGAGCAAUGUUCACUUUCUGCCAAGAGCCAGGGGCCUCCAAAACACCACAGUGACGGUGGCCAACCUGCUAGCCCACACUAACUACACCUUUGAGAUUGAAGCGCUGAACGGUGUGUCAUUGCAAGCACCCAAGAUGAGGCAGUAUGCCGCUGUCACCAUCACUACCAACCAAGCUGCACCCUCCCAAGUAACAGUGAUCAGAAAGGAGAAGACAUCUCGAAACAGUGUCUCCCUGUCCUGGCAGCAGCCAGAGAGACCCAACGGCAUUAUCCUCGACUAUGAGAUCAAAUACUACGAAAAGGAGGAGCAGGAGACCAGCUACACCAUCCUUCGUGCUCGGGGUUGUAAUGUGACUCUGAAUGGUCUGAAGCCCAACACCGCCUACCUGCUGCAGAUCAGAGCGCGCACAGCUGCAGGAUAUGGAGCCAGCAGCCCCAGUUUUCAGUUUGAGACCAGCCCUGACUCAGCCUUCUCCAUCUCCAGUGAGAGCAGCCAGGUUGUUCUGAUCGCCAUUUCCUCUGCCGUGGCCAUCAUCUUGCUCACUGUGCUGCUCUACGUCCUGAUUGGCAGGUUUUGUUGCCACAGCAAAUCCAAACAUCCUGAUGAGAAAAGACUGCACUUUGGCAACGGCCACCUACGUCUGCCGGGUAUCAGGACCUACGUGGACCCACACACGUAUGAGGACCCGAGCCAGGCUGUGCACGAGUUUGCAAAGGAGCUGGAUGCCUCCUGCAUCGCCAUCGACAAAGUGGUGGGAGCAGGUGAGUUUGGUGAGGUGUGCAGUGGUCGUUUGAAGCUUCCCAGCAAGAAGGAGAUCUGUGUGGCCAUCAAGACUCUUAAAGGAGGAUAUACAGACAAGCAGAGGCGGGACUUCCUCGCUGAGGCAUCAAUCAUGGGACAGUUUGACCACCCUAACAUCAUCAGGCUGGAGGGGGUGGUUACACGCAGUAAACCGGUCAUGAUUGUUACAGAAUACAUGGAGAACGGAUCCCUGGACAGUUUCUUGAGAAAACACGAUGCCCAGUUUACAGGCAUCCAGUUGGUUGGCAUGCUGCGUGGCAUCGCCUCGGGUAUGAAGUAUCUGUCAGACAUGGGCUACGUUCACCGAGACCUGGCAGCUCGAAACAUCCUGGUCAACAGCAACCUGGUGUGUAAAGUGUCCGACUUCGGCUUGUCCCGAGUCCUGGAGGACGACCCGGAGGCUGCUUACACUACCAGGGGAGGUAAGAUCCCUAUCCGGUGGACAGCUCCAGAGGCGAUUGCCUACAGGAAGUUUACAUCAGCCAGUGAUGCUUGGGGUUAUGGCAUUGUGCUCUGGGAAGUCAUGUCAUAUGGGGAACGGCCGUACUGGGAGAUGUCCAAUCAGGAUGUAAUAAAGGCUGUAGAUGAAGGAUACCGCCUCCCCCCACCCAUGGACUGCCCGGCGACCCUUUACCAGCUGAUGUUGGACUGCUGGCAGAAAGAGAGGAACAACCGGCCCAAGUUUGAACAGAUCGUCAGCAUCUUGGAUAAACUCAUCCGCAACCCCGGUAGCCUCAAAAUCACGGCCAACACCACAUCCAGGCCGGCCAACCUGUUGUUGGACAGGAGCAGCUCAGAGGUUCCCUCGAUGGGGACACUGGGUGAAUGGAUGGAUGGUAUGAGGACUUUGCCCUGCAAAGAGGCCUUCUCUGGGGUCAGUUACAGCUCCUGUGACACCCUGGCCAAGACCUCCACUGAGAGAGUGGUUCUGACGGAGGUCCACGUCACACCAGCCACUUGCCCAGAAUGGGAGCCAUCAAUGGGAAUCACCACUCUCUAACGCCCAGCUCCUCUCCGCCUCCUCAGGCUCUGGAUGGGAUCUUAAAAAGGUUGGAGUGACAAUUGUAGGACCGCAGAAGAAGAUUGUGAGCAGCCUCAAAGCCCUAGAUUCCCACUCCAAGAAUGGCCCAGUACCUGUUUAAGAAAUGAACCCAUCAUGUUAAAACACCAGAGACCUGUCUGUCGGUGUGGUUGCUAAUCACAGUCUAACACAGUGGCUUCAUGCAUAAACUGGAAACGGAUGGAGAAAUAUGAUCUAAAUUAGAGCUUUCAUUGUUUCGUUGGAAGACGAUAUCAAGUCCUGACAGGGAAACAUGAACGAGUUCACUGCAGUCUUGUCAGCUAGUUUACUGGUUGACUCUUCGACUCUCCGUCCAUCCAUGUCCAAGUUGAGAUGCCUUACAGACAAAUAGGAGGGUAGAGAGAGCAUGGGAUAGCCAAGGAGGUCAGGAAGAAAACUGGGACUGGACUAACAUAAAGCCGGAGCUCUCCAAUAUUGGCUAAGCUGGACAGCACAGCCUUCCCUUUACAGCUAAAAAGGGGAUGGGCAUGCUCACAGUCUCCUCCCUCCAUACCUGACUAAGCAGCCCGGUGAACGAGUUGGUGAAAUGGCUGAGAUGCCAUGUGUAGAAGAGCAUGGCAGACAGCAGCAACUCCCCCGGAUAUGGACACUUCCUAGACUAAGGAGGUCUGAGGCGUGAGAUUUUGUUGUAACUACCUAUAUUUACUAUCUUGAUCCAUGCGAGAACUGACCUGGUAUGAACACACCUAGAUGUUAACCGAGCCAUUUUAGUCUGUAGCUCUAAACUAUAGCAUUUGCAUUCAGUAGACAUGUCACAUAAAAGCAAUAAUUACAAUAAUCAGUCAAUAGUCUCAUUGUACGAAAGCCAUGAGUGUGUCACAUGUACAAUGUAUUGAACGCUGUCCUUUGAAGGUACAGGGGCCAUAACACACUUCACACACAUUAUUUUCAUUAUGGUGAAAUCUACGUUUUAUGUGCUUAUAUGAACAGAUAAUGUACAGUUAUAUUGCCGUUCCCUCAUCCCAAUGCUCUCUGUGUAAAAUCUCAGGAUGUAUACGUUAUCAUUCUAUUUUCUAACAAGGGGAAACAGUCAGAGGGAAUGGAGCACAGUCAGUUAUUGAGAGUGCAGGUUAGGAAAGACAGAACAAAGGAAAAUGUAAGAUAUAAGAGGACAAAAGGAGAAUUUAAAUAGGUUAAAAUGGUGUCAUUCAGGUCUCUGCUUCAGACAUUCUUCUUGUGUUCCGGAAGCGUUUGAAACUAAAGGCAAGUUUGUGCUUGAGUUUGUUCUUCAGGUUAGACAGGUUUGCAUCAUGAAGCCCACACAACAUCAGGUAUCAGUUUCUUUCAGUGCGUACGCUCAGUUCAAAAGGUUGAGAUCAACAUUGCUGGUCUAAGGGUGUUGUAGUCUUAUUAAAAAAGCCAUGCGUGAUCUGAAAUGUGCUGGAAAAAAAGUAUGAAGUAUGAAAUGUAUCCAUAAAUCCUGGUGUGUUUAAUGCAAAAAGAGAGUGCCUCCUCUAGUUGGGUUGGAUCAUGGUGGGAUCGCCAAGCAAAAAGCUCCAGUUUUGAUUUGUUUUCCACAAAGCCUGUGAUCUCAUUGGGGCAUGGGAUUUUCUCAUCACCGCCAAGGUGUGAAAAUACCCUGAAAGAGAUGAAACACUUCAAUAAAUGAUUGCUUUCUGAGGUACUUUAUAGUAAACUAUAUGUCCAGGAUGGGAUUUCCUAAAGGCACCUUAAAAUAUCUUUGUACUAUAAAGUACAGACUUAAAGACUUUAAGUUAGUCUGCUGCUUUAAUGUCACCCAGUCAGCCCCUCAGUGCAACACAUACACAGUAUUUCUAAACUGGCACUUUGUGCUGUUGGCUGGGUAAUAUUUAACCCCAAGGGUACUAUCUUUAAGCGUCUUCCAAGCACUUACUAGACAUAUUUUAGCACUUUGAAAUGAAAUGGUAAUGCCUUGGUCUAGACUAAGCUUAUGAAACGAAAAGGGGUGAUUAUGGUGCUUUUGGGAAACCCUAUUCAUUGUGUCAGUCGGUCCUCUGUUACUCGGUCUACCUGUGGAUGCUGCUGUUGCUGCUAUAUGUUCUAAUUAGCAUGUACAUAAUGUAAACCAUCAUAAUGAUAGCAACUGGCUCUACAGAUCCCACUAUAUGUACAUGGCCAUCCUUCUUUGUACAAAUGUUUGUAUGUAUAAAGGAAUGACUUAAAAUUUUGCAACAUUUUAAUUAAAAAGAGACAAAAAAAUAAUCUGUAUUUUAUUUUAUCUUGUUUUGGAUUAUAUUUGUCUGCUUUGUUUUUUUUCUACAAUAAAAAGUCAAUUAUGAUUACAUUAUUAUUUAUUUGUUAACAUAAAGCGCAAUAUUGAUGUUUUUUUUUUAACUUACAGUAAAUUAUGUGCCAGUGCUAUCUGUGUUUUGGUUUUAACUUACUUUAUAAACCUGGGAUCUCUGAGAGAGCAAUACUGUUAUGCACCCUAUAUCCAGAUCCCUCAUUUUCUGUCUCAAGACUGAUCCGUGUGUCCGUGUGAGAGUUAACGUGUGCAAAAUGUAGAUGGCCUUGUCUACUAAUGUAAAAUGAUUUGUAGUGGAAACAUUUAUAUUUUUAUAAUAAAUAUUCGCAAAAUAUUUUCCAAAAAA